AAAUAGAGGUGCGAAAGAAGCGGUUCGAAUCAUUCUUUGUUCGUUAAGCUACCUAGCGGCUUGGUGCGAACUCGUGAAUUUUCUCGCUUUCUACGAUCAGUAAUUCAGUAUUUUAAUUUAUAUUUUUAUUUACUUGAAUCUUUCUACAAUCAAUCAAAAUGCGUGAAUGUAUCUCAAUCCACGUCGGUCAAGCCGGAGUCCAGAUCGGUAACGCCUGUUGGGAAUUGUAUUGCUUGGAACAUGGUAUCCAACCUGACGGUCAGAUGCCAUCUGACAAAACUAUCGGAUCUGGAGACGAUAGCUUCAAUACUUUCUUCAGCGAAACUGGCGCCGGAAAACACGUUCCUCGCGCAGUCUUCGUCGACUUGGAACCAACUGUCGUCGAUGAAGUUCGAACUGGAACUUACAGACAGCUGUUCCAUCCCGAACAACUGAUCACCGGCAAAGAAGAUGCUGCUAAUAAUUAUGCCAGAGGACAUUACACGAUCGGCAAAGAAAUCGUAGAUUUGGUAUUGGAUAGAAUUAGAAAAUUGGCCGACCAGUGUACCGGUUUACAAGGAUUUUUGAUUUUCCAUUCCUUCGGUGGUGGUACCGGCUCCGGUUUUACUUCUUUAUUGAUGGAACGGUUAUCUGUGGACUACGGAAAAAAGAGCAAAUUGGAAUUCGCCAUCUACCCUGCCCCACAAGUUUCUACCGCCGUCGUUGAGCCAUACAAUUCUAUUCUCACCACUCACACCACCUUGGAACAUUCUGAUUGCGCAUUCAUGGUCGAUAACGAAGCUAUUUAUGAUAUUUGCCGACGUAAUCUGGAUAUCGAAAGGCCCACCUAUACCAACUUGAACAGACUCAUUGGCCAGAUCGUUUCUUCCAUCACCGCUUCGCUUAGAUUCGAUGGUGCUUUGAAUGUAGAUUUGACGGAAUUCCAAACCAACUUGGUGCCUUAUCCUCGUAUUCACUUCCCGUUGGUCACCUACGCUCCGGUCAUCAGCGCCGAAAAGGCCUAUCACGAACAAUUAUCUGUUGCUGAAAUUACGAACGCUUGCUUCGAACCCGCAAAUCAAAUGGUGAAAUGUGAUCCUCGUCAUGGAAAAUACAUGGCCUGUUGUAUGUUAUACCGAGGAGAUGUCGUUCCUAAGGAUGUUAACGCCGCUAUUGCUACCAUUAAAACCAAAAGAACUAUUCAAUUCGUAGAUUGGUGUCCGACUGGUUUCAAAGUUGGUAUUAAUUAUCAACCACCAACUGUUGUUCCUGGAGGUGAUUUGGCUAAAGUACAAAGAGCCGUCUGUAUGUUAUCCAACACUACUGCUAUUGCCGAAGCCUGGGCCAGAUUAGACCACAAAUUCGACUUGAUGUAUGCUAAAAGAGCUUUCGUGCAUUGGUAUGUCGGCGAAGGUAUGGAAGAAGGAGAAUUCUCUGAAGCUCGUGAGGAUCUGGCUGCUCUUGAAAAAGAUUACGAAGAAGUUGGUAUGGAUUCAGUUGAAGGAGAAGGCGAAGGUGCUGAAGAGUACUAAAAUAUUUUCGCUUAAAAUGUCCUAUUGAUCAAAUAAAGUACAUUCUGCAUUGA